CGUGCGACCGUUCUGCCACCCCAAUCCGGAAAGCGUGAACUGGCAAGGCCACUUUGGAAAAGCAGCUACUGAGGCGUUCGUGGGUGGGAGUAGAUGAGUAAAUUUGGGAGUGGAAGGGGCGAAUCAAUGGACAGCCGUGAGGAGCGAGAAAUUUCAGUCUCUGGCUCACAAGGAGGAGCCUAGGGCUGUCAUUCAAAAGCGCAAGCAGACCCUGGCCUUGGAGGCGGGGCCUCGUGUGGCCCUGGGGAAGGGCGGGGCCUUCUCGAGCCACGCCCCGUCCUGCCAGAGGCCUCGGGCGCUGCACCCACACUUCGCCGCGCACCUGGGGUCUGCACCAGCCCUUCCGAGGUGAUCCAGGUGUGCGCGCGCCCCGGCCGCACCUGCCGCCGGCCUGCCUCACCUGCGCUUUGUCCCCCAGAGCCGCGAUGGCCGUCCUCUCCAAAGAGUACGGGUUCGUGAUUCUCACCGGGGCCGCCAGCUUCAUCAUGGUUGCCCACCUCGCGGUCAACGUCGCCAAGGCGCGCAAGAAGUACAAGGUGGAGUACCCCACCAUGUACAGCUCGGACCCGGAGAACGGGCACCUCUUCAACUGCAUCCAGCGAGCCCACCAGAACACGCUGGAAGUCUACCCUCCCUUCUUGUUCUUCCUGGCCGUGGGCGGCGUGUACCACCCGAGGGUAGCCUCGGGCCUGGGCCUGGCCUGGAUCGUCGGACGCGUCCUUUACGCCUACGGCUACUACACGGGAGAACCCAGCAAGCGGAACAGGGGCGCCCUGGGCUCCAUCGCCCUCCUCGGCCUGAUGGGCACCACCGUGUGCUCCGCCUUCCAGCACCUGGGCUGGGUUAAAGCCGGCGGCCUGGGCGGGGGGUCCAAGUGCUGCCACUAGGGGGGCGUUGGGGGCGGGGGCGGGGCGGUCAACACGCUCCUCCGUUGUGAGCGACUGACUUUUAUUUCCAGUUCUUUUUUUUUUCUAAAUAUAAUAAAGUUUAUCUGGCAUCAGCCUCGUAUGUAA